AGAAAAAAAAGAAAUGAAUAUACUAAAAAAAUGUAAUAUGCUUGAUGGGCGUGGGACAGUUGGGGAAGUUGUAGGGGUUUCAGGGCACGCAUUCUAUCGCUGUUUCUCUCGAAUCAACAAAACGCCACCGUUUCAUUGAUCUACUUCCUCCAAGGCCAGGUCUCCAAGAAUUGGUACCAAUUCAAGCUGCAAAUAUACUUGAACUUCAACUUAUCCCACAUUCUCCACUCUCAAUGGCUUCAACUCUCAAAUCUGGCGGAAUUCAUACAGGGGCAAUCAAUGAUGAUUUAUACAAGGAAUUGUGGCAUGCAUGUGCUGGUCCCCUUGUCACUCUCCCUCGUGAAGGGGAACGAGUCUAUUACUUUCCACAAGGUCACAUGGAACAGCUUGAGGCAUCUAUGUAUGAGGGAUUAGAGCAGCAGAUGCCUUCCUUCAACCUGCCUUCUAAAAUAUUAUGUAAAGUGGUCAAUGUUCAUCUUCGAGCUGAACCUGAAACAGAUGAAGUAUAUGCACAGAUAACUUUGCUUCCUGAAGCAGAUCAAAGUGAGGUGACCAGCCCUGAUGAUCCUCUGCCUGAAUCUCCGAGGGUCAAGAUCCAUUCAUUUUGCAAGACACUUACUGCUUCUGACACAAGUACCCAUGGGGGUUUCUCUGUUCUUCGAAGACAUGCAGACGAUUGUCUGCCUCCACUGGAUAUGUCUCAGCAGCCACCAUGGCAAGAAUUGGUUGCAACUGAUUUACAUGGGAAUGAAUGGCAUUUUAGGCAUAUUUUUCGAGGGCAACCCAAGCGCCACUUACUUACCACUGGGUGGAGUGUCUUUGUCAGUUCCAAAAAAUUAGCUGCUGGUGAUGCCUUUAUAUUCUUAAGGGGUGAAAAUGGAGAGCUGCGAGUUGGGGUUAGGAGGGUCAUGAGACAGCAAAGCAAUGUGCCUUCUUCUGUUAUAUCUAGUCACAGUAUGCAUCUUGGUGUUCUGGCCACUGCAUCUCAUGCCAUUGCCACUGGAACACUGUUUUCUGUGUUUUACAAGCCCAGAACAAGCCGGUCAGAGUUUAUUGUGAGUGUCAACAAGUAUCUGGAAGUUCAGAGUCAUAAACUCUCUGUUGGGAUGAGAUUCAAAAUGCGAUUUGAGGGUGAUGAAAUUCCCGAAAGAAGGUUCAGUGGCACAAUUGUGGGUGUUGGAGAUAAUAAAUCAUCGUCGGUCUGGCCUGAUUCUGAGUGGCGAUCAUUAAAGGUGCAAUGGGAUGAACCAUCCUCAAUUUUGCGUCCUGACAGAGUUUCAUCAUGGGAAUUGGAGCCACUUGUGUCUACCACUCUUGCAAACUCGCAGCCAACCCAAAGAAACAAGAGGGCACGGCCUCUCAUUCUACCUUCUACAAUGCCCGAUUCUUCUUUGCAAGGCAUAUGGAAAUCAUCAGUUGAAUCUACCUCUUUCUCUUAUUGUGACCCCCAACAAGGACGUGGCCUCUAUCCAUCACCAAAGUUCAAUUCUUCUGCAACUAACUUUAUUGGUUUUAGUGGGAAUAGCUCUGUGGGAUCUCCUUCCAACAAAUCAAUAUAUUGGUCUAAUAGGAUGGAAAAUAACUUGGAAUCUAUUUCAGCUAUAGCUCUUAAAGAAGCUGGAGAGAAGAGACAAGGCACUGGAAAUGGCUGUAGACUCUUUGGGAUUCAGCUACUUGAGAAUUCUAAUGCAGAAGGAAAUCUACAAACAGUCACUUUGUCAGGAAGGGUGGGUGAUGAUAGGUCGGUUCCAUCUUUAGAUGCUGAGUCUGAUCAACAUUCUGAACCAUCAAAUGCCAACCGAUCUGAUAUUCCUUCAGUUAGUUGCGAUGCUGAAAAAUCAUGCCUGCAGUCUCCCCAGGAGUCACAAAGCAAGCAAAUAAGGAGCUGUACAAAGGUUCACAUGCAAGGAAUGGCUGUUGGGAGGGCUGUGGAUUUAACACGAUUUGAUGGAUAUGAGGAUCUUCUCAGGAAAUUGGAAGAUAUGUUUAACAUCAAGACUGAGCUCUGUGGGUCCCUAAAAAAAUGGCAAGUUGUCUACACUGAUAAUGAAGAUGAUAUGAUGAUGGUUGGAGACGAUCCGUGGGAUGAGUUCUGUAGUGUUGUGAGGAAAAUUUUCAUCUACACAGCAGAGGAGGUGAAGAAGCUUUCACCGAAAAUAAGACUUCCAAUGAAUGAAAAAGUUAACCCAAGCAAGCAGGAUUCAGAAGCAAUAGUGAAUCCUGAGGACCAGUCAUCUAAUAUGGGGCCCAGCUGCUAGAAGUCGUAUGAAUUCCAGUUCCAGUAUAUCCUAGUUGUUAUGAAUGCAAUAAAUGUUGGUGUGGAGAGAGGCGAUAAUGAACUAAAGGUGGCCGGCCAAUACUAAUAGGAGCAUGCAUAUCACUUCCACUUGUGUAUUGUAUUGUAUUGUAUUGUAUUGUAUUGUAUUGUAUUGUGCAGCUAGGCUGGCUGGCUGGCAUGACGUCAGCAAGCAAGAAUCGACGCAGAGGGUUGUUUUGAGAUACUGCUGUUUGAUCUUGCCUUGCCUUGAAUGAAAGAUAUUGUGGGUUUUCUAUUUCUUCUACGGCUCGGUUAUCUUAUCGCCGGGAGGGAGUGUAGUGGUCCUUGCUCAUUCGGUUUUGAGUUGGCCGCAAGCACCAACAUGUAUGUCUUUACUUAAUAUCAUGCCAUGCAUGAUAUGAUCUUUUUUUUUUUGUUUUUUAUGAGAGGGGUGGGUAUUUUCUUUUGUAACUCACUCAAUGUGAUGCAUGCCUUUUUGUACAGAAGUAUUUAUUAUUAUCUUCGAAUGCUAUUUAUAUGUACGAGGCAUAACCCUCCGUUCUCCCGCUAACAGUCAUGCAGAAUUUGGUCUGGA